ACCGGAAGCUCGCGCCGGCCGCGGGGAGGCGGUGGCUGCGGCGGAGGCGCCGAGAUGGGGUAACUGACUCCCGCUAUGAGGAAGUGGCUCUUACCUAAGACCCUGGACAGGGCAGAGCUAACAUACCUGGAGCUUGCCUUUUUGGACCUGACACCAGGACCUGGGGACUUCCACCAGGACAGUGAGCACCCCCACCCAGAAUUCCAGGCUUCCCAGAGGUCCCAGGGAACAAGGACAAGUCGCCAGCUGUGGCGGUCUCUGCCGAGGUUCCUUGGGGCGGGAGGAGGCUGGAGGAAGCCAGUGGCAGCCUGAGGUUCUCUCACAGGGGAACUCUGCCUGUGGUUCCUGAAAAAGUCCGUGACAUGGUUGUUUUUUCUCUCUGACUCGCUCUCUUGCUCUCUGUCACUCUAAAGCAUGACUGGACACUCCUAGAACCUUCAGUCAGCAUCCAGGGGAUUUUUUUUUCACCACAAAGGGUAAUUCCUGCUCCAUCUCUGCUGUGACUCAGCUGUGACAUCGAACCGCACAAGCCAAUGAGAAGAUAAAGUCAUCAGACUCCUGCUCACCAGAGAGGGUGGCCCACGCCAGAACUCACCUCUUCUCUCAGCACUGACUCCACGACGCUGGUCCCCUCCCCCGAGGAGCUUAGUCGGGCCCCUAGCCAGGCUGGGACCCCAGGAUGGCCUCUGGCUCAGCCAGCAGCCCUCGCCCAGCCCCCGAUGAGAACGAGUUUCCCUUUGGGUGCCCCGCCACCGGCUGCCAGGACCCAUCAGAGCCCAGAGCCCUCUGCUGCGCUGCCUGUCUCUCUGAGAACCUGAGGAACAGCGAGGAUCGGAUCUGUCCCAAAUGCAGAGGAGACGAACCCCAGUCGGUAAGCCCAGGAAGCCUUAUAUCUCAGGAGAAGGAUCACCCUGAGGUGGCUGCAGAUGGAGUUACGUGUCCCUUUGCAGGUGUUGGCUGCUCCUUCAAGGGGAGUGCAAAGUUCAUGCAGGAGCAUGAGGUCACCUCUCAGGCCACCCACCUAAACCUGCUGCUGAGGUUCCUGAAACAGUGGAAGGCCCAGCAGGGCUCAGGCCUGGGCUCAGGGCCCAUGGCUCUAGAGCGGAAUCUGUCGGACCUGCAGCUGCAGGCUGCUGCAGAGGUGGCCGGGGACCUGGAGGUGGACUGCUACCGGGCCCCCUGCUCUGAGAGCCAGGAGGAGCUGGCCCUGCAGCACUCCAUGAAGGAGAAGGUGCUGGCCGACCUGGAGGGGAAGCUGCGCGUGUUCGAGAACAUCGUUGCCGUCCUCAACAAGGAGGUGGAGGCCUCCCACCUGGCCCUGGAGGCCUCCAUCCACCAGAGCCAGCUGGACCGCGAGCACAUCUUGAGCUUGGAACAGCGGGUGGUGGAGCUGCAGCAGACGCUGGCCCAGAAAGACCAGGCCUUGGACAAGCUGGAGCAGAGCCUGCACCUCAUGGAGGAGGCCUCCUUCGACGGCACCUUCCUGUGGAAGAUCACCAACGUCACCAGGCGGUGCCAUGAGUCAGCCUGCGGCAGGACCGUCAGCCUCUUCUCCCCAGCUUUCUACACUGCCAAGUAUGGCUACAAGUUGUGCCUGAGGCUCUACUUGAAUGGGGACGGGACGGGAAAGAGGACCCACCUGUCACUGUUCAUCGUGAUCAUGAAAGGGGAGUAUGAUGCUCUGCUGCCGUGGCCUUUCCGGAACAAGAUCACCUUCAUGCUCCUGGACCAGAACAACCGUGAGCACGCCAUUGACGCCUUCCGGCCCGACCUGACCUCCGUGUCCUUCCAGCGGCCCCAGAGCGAAACCAACGUGGCCAGCGGCUGCCCGCUCUUCUUCCCUCUCAGCAGGCUCCAGUCGCCCAAGCACGCCUACGUGAAGGACGACACCAUGUUCCUCAAGUGCAUCGUGGAGACGAGUACUUAGGGCAGGCGGGGACAAGUGCCCGCACCUGCGUGCGGAGGAAGCGCCAGCCCAGACUGGAGGAGGUCCUGCCCUUGGUGCCCACGGUCCCAAGACACAGCGAUAGCCUGGGGCCGGGUUGGUCUGAGCAGGGCGGACAGACUGCCUGUGGCAGCCAUCCGCUUAAGGGGGUGGCAGGACCCCACAAAGGCAGAGGGUCCAGAAGGAGGUGGUGGCAGAAU